GAAACUCUAUUUUAAUUGACAUGCAAGCAUGUUUCUGCCAAAAUAGUUUAUAUAUAUUGGACCUUUGGCGUUUCAGGAUAGACCAUUGCGUUACGGUAGUUUAGUUAAACUAUUAGACAAACAAAAUAUAUAGUCAUUUAUCUUAGUGACUUAGUUGAUUAACAUAAGAAAUAUUUCCGCCAUUUUAUUAAAGCGGAAUAUGCUAACUAUUUCGUCUCGUUCCAUUCUACUUGGAGUUAUAUUUUGUUAUUGGUAUCACUCAGUUGCUGACGCUUUAAACUUGGAUACUCUACAACAGGCCUGUCGGGCAGAAGACGGGUUUUUUGACUGUGGCAACGGUGAAUGCAUCUCUCGACGUUUGGUAAAGGAUGCCGGUCGAAACUGUCGUAACAAUGCGGACGAGACAGGACAAAUUCAAUGCACCGACAACGAAGUUUAUUGUCGCUUCAUCAAACGUUGCGUGCCGAGACAUCUUAUCAAUACACAGAAUAGUUGUAUUAAAAGUGAACAACUAAUUCUACCAUGCCGAAAAGACGAAGGUACGCUGAGUUAACAAUGUAUCGGUAUUUG